GGCAGGGGUCACAGGAGCCGGGCAUGCAGACGUUGCUGCCGUAGCUCAGGUUGCUGGAGCAGACGGACAUGGUGGAGGCGGCCGUGGCGGGCGGUGAGCUGGGCAGGGCCACCUCCACCAUGUCCGUCUGCUCCAGCAACCUGAGCUACGGCAGCAACGUCUGCAUGCCCGGCUCCUGUGACCCCUGCCCCGACUCCUGGCAGGUGGACGACUGCCCAGAGAGCUGCUGCGAGCCCCCCUGCUGCGCCCCCAGCUGCUGCGCCCCAGCCCCCUCCGUGACCCUCGUCUGCGCCCCAGGGAGCUGCCAGUCAGCGUGCACCAGCUCCUGCACGCCCCUGUGCUGCCAGCAGUCUAGCUGCCAGCCCUCGUGCUGCUCCUCCAACCCCUGCCAGCAGCCCAGCUAUGUGACCCUCUGCUGCAAACCCGUGAGCUGUGUGCCUGUCUCCUGUGUGCCCGUCUGCUCUGGGGACUCCUCCCCCUGCUGCCAGCCGUCCUGCAGCCCCUCCCCCUGCCAGCAGCCCAGCUGUGUGACCCUCUGCUGCAAGCCCGUGAGCUGUGUGCCCAUCUCCUGUGUGUCCGUCUGCUCUGGGAGCUCCUCCCCCUGUUGCCAGCAGUCUAGCUGCCAGCCGUCCUGCUGCUCCUCCAACCCCUGCCAGCAGCCCAGCUAUGUGACCCUCUGCUGCGAGCCCGUGAGCUGUGUGCCUGUCUCCUGUGUGCCCGUCUGCUCUGGGACCUCCUCCUCAUGCUGCCAGCAGUCUAGCUGCCAGCCAUCCUGCUGCUCCUCCCCCUGCCAGCAGCCCAGCUGUGUGACCCUCUGCUGCAAGCCCGUGAGCUGUAUGCCCGUCUCCUGUGUGCCCGUCUGCUCUGGGGACUCCUCCCCCUGCUGCCAGCCGUCCUGCAGCCCCUCCCCCUGCCAGCAGCCCAGCCGUGUGACCCUCUGCUGCAAGCCCCUGAGCUGUGUGCCCGUCUGCCCACGCCCCUCGUGCUGCCAGCCCAGCCCCUGCCCCUCGUCCUGCUGCAGACCCUCCUCCUGCGUGUCCCUGCUCUGCCGCCCCGUGUGCAGGCCCGCCUGCUGCGUGCCCGCCCCCUCCUGCCAGCCCAGCUGCUGCCGCCCGGCCUCCUGUGUGUCCCUGCUCUGCCGCCCCGCCUACUCCCGCCCUGCCUGCUGCGGCCUCUCCUUGGGACAGAAGUCCUGCUGCUGAGUGGCCUCAUUGAGGUCACUGGGCGCCCUGUCCUCUGCUGCCCUGUGUUGGCUACCAGUAGCCACACCAGCCGCAGUGCCCUUCCCUGAGCCCCUGUAAAGGGCCCUGGUACCUGCUGCCCACCUGUGUCUCUUCUGUGGGAGCAAGCCCCUAUGUCCUCAAGAACUGACUUUCCUCCAAUCAGCAAGCCCUGCCCCCAGCCAUGGGUGUGCAGUGACCCCAGCCUGGGGAGAAGACAGGCUGACUAGCUGCUGACGACUGUCACCCUUCAGCCUGUGGUAGGAUCCCUGUGCCAGGAUCCAGGGUGCCCUGGACUCCUCUCCUGGGUCAGAGCCUCUGGCUCCACUUCCCCUCAAUGUGGGGUUCUCUGAAUUCUCCCAAUAAAUCCCUUUGCCUGACUA